AUGCGUAGUUGGGCUUUUCUGAUUGGCUACCCGAAGAGUUGUCCUCCAGUAUCCCACAGUCCUAUUGCCAGGACUGAAGGUGAAUCGGUCGGCGAGUCCCUGGAAAAGAUGGCAUCUGGUUUUCUCACUCAUCAGCAGAAAGUCCUUCGGCUUUACAAGAAAGCCCUAAGACACCUGGAGUCAUGGUGCAUAUUCAGGGACAAGUAUCGAUUCUAUGCAUGCAUGCUGAGGGCACGUUUUGACGAGAACAAGGAUGAGAAGGACAUGGUAAAAGCUACUAUGAUGCUGAAAAGUGGUGAAGAGGAAUUUUGGGCUAACCAGCACCCUCAGCCCUAUAUCUUCCCUGAUUCCCCAGGUGGAACCUCUUAUGAGAGAUAUGAAUGUUUCAAGGUUCCUGAUUGGUGUCUGGACUACUGGCAUCCUUCUGAGAAAGCUAUGUACCCUGAUUAUUUUGCCAAGAGAGAGCAGUGGAAGAAGUUGCGUGACCAGAGCUGGGAUAGAGAGGUUAAACAGCUGCAGGCAGAGACUCCAGCUGAUGGUUUGAAGACUGAGGCUCUGCCGCCAGCAAGGCAGGAAGGUGACCUGCCUCCUCUGUGGUGGCAAUAUGUCACUCGCCCACGUGAGCGCCCUAUGUAAUUCAAGACAUUAGCCUGCAGAAGAAGGGGCCAAAGAGUCAUCUAUGUACUGAUGCUUGCAGUUCGUGAAUAGAGGAUUUAAGAUGUAUAUCCUUAAUACGUUUCUUAUGUUAAUUAAAAACAAAUACGUUACAGAGUGAUUGUGUUCCAUUAACCCUUUCUCAUCUGCCUAACGUACCAAGUACGUCCUAAUUAAAAACAUGGUUUAAAAAAAAAAA